AUGUUGGAGAUUGCGCGGCGCCUCACCAUCAACGAUGUCUUCUACGAGCGCCUUUCAUAUGCUGCUGAAGGCAGGACAAUUUCAGCGAAGAAGCAGGCUGAGAUGGAGAGGGUGUUGCUGAAUUGCAGCCGUCCUGAGAUCGAUUCAGUGAAGUUUCAGCCAGAAACCUGGCUGAAAUCAUUCAGGAUUUUUUGCAUAUUUUUUGCAUAUAUGGGUCUAUAA